AAUCGCACAUAACCUCAAUUUCGCUUCCCGGUGACAGCUUGGAUGGGAAAAAUGCUCCGAAGUCGAGGGCAAAUUUCUCGUAUUUGGAGCCUUGUCAGGAGAUAUUCUGUAAAGUCAAGUGAUAAGAGGAUUCCUGACCUUCUGUCGAAAGUGCCCUCAACACCAAUAGAAAUCCCUGAAAGUGGGAAAACCGUACCAAAAAUCUCCAUCGAUGAGGACACAAUUCACCUUCUGGAGAGACUAUCCCUCGUGAACAUCGACAGCAAGGAAGCCCUUAAAAUUGUGGAAGAUUCCAUAACUUUUGCUGAUAAAAUCCUCGAUAUCAACACUGAAGGCGUCGAGCCUCUGUACACAGUUCUCGAGGAUUGUGAUCUCGAACUGCGGGAGGAUAAGGUCACGGAUGGCAAUAUUCGUGAGGAAGUGCUGAAAAACGCCUCAGUGACUGAAGAGGAAUACUUUGUAGCUCCUCCUGGGAACAUCCCUCUGGAGCAGGAUAAAAAGUCUUUGAAGUAGUCUCCAAGGAUGUCUCGUGUAAGUGGAGUAGUUAGAAAUAUUAAGAAAAUUGUGGAAAUAUUGGGAAAAAUUGAGUAUGCAAAAGUAAAGUUGAAAAGUGAAAGGGAAAUUAAGGAGCUCAGUCUCCUUCCGCUGGGAAUGAAAUUGCUGGACAAUUUGAAGCGGGAAUGGAUUAAUUCUGAUCCUGUAGUCAAUAUAUACCAUCGAGAUGGUCUGGAAGUGGGAGAUGAUCAAAAAGUCCCUGAGGAAAAUCCAUUGAAGUUCCUCGAGACAAAAUCUUUCGCUGAAAAGUUCCGGAACUUGGUUGAAAAUUAUCAAGCGGAAAUUCCUGUUGGGAUCUCAGAGUGCCUGAGGUAUCCUUUGUUUGAGACAAAAGCUGAGGAUGAGUCAGUAGGGUUUAGCUUGAAGAAUGUUCAGCAUUUGACUUGCUGGUACUUUAUUUCUCCUGCCACUGCGACGGAGCAGUUCUACAGGAUCCAGAGACAGAGGAAAAUCUGGUGGAUGAGGUAUUCAUCCAAUCCAGGGAGAUUUAAGGUUUCAGAAUCAAAAACAAGUGAAUAUCCUGAAGGAAAAGUUCAGAGAAUCUCUAUUAAAUCUUCCCUGAAAGAUUCUUCAAUGGACUUGGAGACGAUAGAAUUGAUAUCUCUCCAUCCUGGAGCUAAUCUUGAGCUAAAUGACAAUCGUGGGAGGAAAAUUGUCCCAUCUAUUGUGAAGACAGGGAUUUGUCUGGACAUUGCAGCCCUGGGAGUGUUGAUUGAUGCAAUAGACUCGUCAGAUGAGACAGAAAGUCUCCUGCUUCAUCGGAAAAUCGCUCCUCAUCAGUUAGCGGUAUUCUGCUGCCCAGCAGACCAGGGAAACCUCCCAGAUCUGCAAGAUCUCGCCCGAUUGGUGACCAUAGGCACGAGAAAAGUCGGAAUUUCUACCCUAAACCUGCCCAAAUGUUCCACAAUCAGCCAGGACGAAUUUUUCCGGGAGAUUUCUCGCAUGGAUCAACUUGGAGUACCCUACAGUGUCAUCCUCAACGACGAGAGCCUCCGCAGUGGCUUACUGAAGCUUCGCAGUCGAGAUACAACCCUCUCAGAGACAAUCCAUCUCACAGACGUCCCCAGGUACCUCCUCAAAAUUUAUUCCUCCUUUUGAUAUCUCUCUCACGGAUUUAUUGUCCAGACUACAAAGAUCAAGUCACAUUUAAGUUAAGAUGGUUUUUUUUAAAGUUAAUUGAUUUCUGGUAAUGAUUACGCAUUUUUAGUCACUUAAAUAGUUGCACGAAAAAAUUGUGCAAAUUUUCCCAUUAAACUAUCCAAAAUGAACGUC